AAGAGGAGUGGCUGGGGCUGCGGGAAUCCAUGCGGGGGCCAUGGACCGAGCGGCGCUCCUGGGACUGUCCCGCCUGUGCGCGCUGUGGGCAGCCCUGCUCGCGCUGUUCCCCUGCGGGGCCCAAGGAAACUGGAUGUGGUUGGGCAUCGCCUCCUUCGGGGUCCCGGAGAAGCUGGGCUGCGCCAACUUGCCGCUGAACAGCCGGCAGAAGGAGCUGUGCAAGAGGAAGCCCUACCUGCUGCCCAGCAUCCGCGAGGGCGCGCGCCUGGGCGUCCAGGAGUGCCGCAGCCAGUUCCGCCACGAGCGCUGGGACUGCCGCGUGGCCGCCGCCCCCUCGGCCGCCAGCCCCCUCUUCGGCUACGAGCUGAGCAGCGGCACCAAGGAAACAGCGUUUAUCUACGCGGUGAUGGCUGCAGGCCUGGUGCACGCGGUGACAAGGUCUUGCAGCGCAGGCAACAUGACGGAGUGUUCCUGUGACACCACCUUGCAGAACGGCGGCUCAGCCAGCGAAGGCUGGCACUGGGGGGGCUGCUCGGAUGACGUCCAGUACGGCAUGUGGUUCAGCAGAAAGUUCCUGGACUUCCCCAUCAGAAACACCACGGGCAGAGAAAGCAAAGUGCUGUUAGCGAUGAACCUUCAUAACAAUGAAGCUGGAAGGCAGGUUACUGAGUGGGCAGAUCAGCUUUUCACUUUACCCAGCACGUUGACAGACGUCAGCCCUGCAGCUAGCCCUGACAAUUUAUUGAUCUGCUCUGCCAUCCUCUGGAGACGGAAGGAAGCUGUGCUGACGAGCCUGGCUGUGGCCAAGCUGAUGUCCGUGGACUGCCGCUGUCACGGCGUGUCCGGCUCCUGUGCGGUGAAAACAUGCUGGAAAACCAUGUCUUCUUUUGAGAAGAUUGGCCAUUUCCUGAAGGAUAAAUAUGAGCACAGUGUUCAAGUCUCAGACAAAAUAAAAAGGAAAAUGCGCAGGAGAGAAAAGGACCAGCGGAAAGUGCCGAUCCGCAAGGAGGAUCUGCUCUACAUCCAUAAGUCUCCCAACUACUGUGUAGAGGAUAAGAAAAUUGGGAUCCCGGGGACACAGGGCAGAGAAUGCAACCGCACGUCGGAGGGCGCGGGUGGCUGCAACCUCCUCUGCUGUGGCCGAGGCUACAACACCCACGUGGUCAGACACGUGGAGAGGUGCGAGUGCAAGUUCAUCUGGUGCUGCUACGUUCGCUGCAGGAGGUGUGAAAGCAUGACUGACGUCCACACCUGCAAGUAACCACUCUGUCCAGCCGUGGGCACCACGCCUCACUGACCACAGUGGAGUGCCACUUUGCAGGGCUAGUGAAGUCCACUCUGGCCUCGAAACCCAAGAUCCUUGGACCCUCCCAGAGUUCCCUUUACCUGGCUGACGUCCAGUCACACACCGAGCAUGUGGACUUGGGGGAAUUCUACAAGUUUUGGGUUCCUAAUUUGGUGAUUUGGGGGGGGGGGGAAUAUAUAUAUAUAUAUAUAUAUAUAUAUAUAUAUAUAUAUAUAUGCAAGGAAGAUCAUCUGUCUCCUAAGCAAGAAAGAGCAGGAAAGAACCUUCCUGUAGAAGAUCUGGUCCAUCUUCAGGAUAAGAUCCUUGACUAUGGAACUCAGUUAUGGAACUCAAUAGGGGUGGGUGACUGUUAGUCAUGUUUAAAAGACACCUCUUAUAGCAGCCAGAAGCGAACAGGUGAAUCUCAUUUAUUCUCUCAGCGUCUUAUUUUUUUUUUCUUAAUAUAUUUUAUUGAUUUUAGAGAGGAAGGGAGAAGGAGAGACAGAAACAUCAAUGAUGAGAGAAUCAUUGAUUGGCUGCCUCCUGCACGCCCCCUACUGGGGAUUGAGCCCGCAACCCGUGCAUGUGCCCUGACCAGAAUUCGAACCUGGGACCCUUCAGUCUGCAGGCUGAUGCUCUAUCCACUGAGCCAAACCAGCUAGGGCUCUCUCAGCGUUUUAGAUGAAGAAAUCAUGUUAUAUGUCUGUGCAUAGAAACGGAUGUUGAAAAGGUAACAGAAGUGGUGGGUGCUUUCUUUCAUUUCAAAAGAAAGGCUAUGAAAAAGAAUUUUCAUAAGUGAUACAAUAUUCCUAAAAAGUGUUUGGUAGGUUUCAUGACAAAAGGAAAGAAUCAAAAUUUAACAAAGUGAAUUUUGUAUAAUUUGGAUUUUAAAUGGAUUUUAAUCAGGAGAAUUUCUCAGUAACUCUCAGUAGGGCAUGGAGUAAACUUUGAUCUUCAGCUUCAGACUUUAAUCAUAGACCAGCCGCUAUUAUUAAGAACCCAGCUCUGAAUUACUGUCUGAGGAAGGGAGCCUGAACGCAUGUGGGAAAUUAGGGGUAAAACACCCUUGAAACGUAUAAAAACAGUAUUUUGUAUAGAAUUUUGCUUUAAAAAGUUUUAUAUUUUGUAAAUACAGUUUUUAAAUUAUAUGAUAUAUAUAUUAAAACUUAAGACAUUUAUUGCCAAAGCCCAAGAGCUAAGGCAAUAAAAUUAUCUCAGAAAUAAUAUUAGCUUCUGUUUUUCUUCAUACUAUCAAUUCUGCCUUUUUUUAUAUAUAUUGAAAAAGAAGCUAAUUGAGCAGUUAGUUAUAUGGAUGUGUAUUUCUUGCCAAAAUAUCAGUUUUAUAAGUGUUAUAGUUUAAAAUAUGCUGCAAAACAUUGGGGAUUGUGUUAUUUCAGCAGUCAGAUUAGUUGAAUUCUGUUUUUAAUUAAUGUUUAACUUGUAAAGUUAUUAUAAUAAAUUAUACAAAAAGUGUAGAAAGUCUUCACUGAAAAAAAAGAAUCUAAAUCAGAAUAAUGAUCAACUUGUGGAUUUGAUUUCCUGGGUAUUUAUUAUAUUGUAUGUAAUGCUGCUUUUCCAUGUGAAUGUUCAAUGGUCGUUCUUGUUUUAGUAUUCACGCAUGUAUAUUCACCAUAUUUUACAAGGUUCCUGGUAAAAGUUGCAGGCUGUAUUUAAAGUUAUAUUUUAAUGUAACUGCUUAGGUUUUUUAUGAAUUGUUAAAUAUUUCAGUAUUAUAUAGAAAAAAAUAGAUUUCUAAGUUCAGAAUGGACAAAGAAAGAAUAUUCUUUUUUUUUCAUAACAAGCUAGAAAAAUGUUUCCCUUUCCCCCAGGUCUCAUUCUGUUUCCUUUCCAUUUUAUUACCAAGGCAGAACAAUAAUUUGUGGAUAAGAGCAAGCACCUGGAAAUAUCUCAGGUCUAAUAUUAAAAUCAAGGCUAAACAUUUGAAUGUGACCCUAAGAGUUUAACGAAAUUGUUAUUCAUUGAAUGUGGCUCUCAGAAAUGACAAGUGAACAAAUAUAGUGCUUAUUUUAAAAA